UUAAGCUUGGAUGAAAUGAGAGUUUUGACAGUUCAGAGAGUGAAGUUUGCCAUGGGUCUACCUCUGUUAAAACGUGCAGUUCAGGAUCUGGCAGAGAAAACAAAGAAUUUUGUGAGCCGAAGCCUUGUCAUAGGAGAAGUCCUCUCCAUGGCGGACAUGGCCACAGGAGUGAAGUGUGGAAUAAUUUAUUGGCUAUUUGGUGGUGCUAUCAGGAAUCUCAGAAGCCCUGAAGACAUUACUAAGUGGUUUCAGCCACUCCAGGAGCAGAAAUACACUGGGAUGUUUGCAAUGACCGAGAGGGGCCAUGGGAGCAACGUGAGAGGGAUCCAGACUGAAGCCACCUUUGACCUCUCUGCCCAGGAGUUUGUAAUUGACACGCCGUGUGAAAAUGCCGAGAAGAUGUAUAUUGGAAACACCAUGUAUGGGAAUUAUGCAGCUGUCUUUGCCCAGCUCAUCAUAGAUGGAAGAUCUCAAGGGCCCUACUGUUUCAUCGUUCCUGUCUGGGAUGAAAACGGAAGCUUGUACCCAGGAGUGACAGCUAUUGAUAUGAUGUACAAGGAGGAUGAUCUGCAUGGUGUGGACAAUGGGAUAUUAAUAUUUGACAAGGUUCGGAUACCCAGGGAGAACCUGCUGGAUAAGUUUGGUUCCGUGGCUCCAGACGGACAGUACCAUUUGCCUAUUAGGAACAAGAGUGCAAGAUUCAAUGCCAUGCUGGCAGCACUGACCCCUUCGAGAUUAGCUGUGGCUUUCCAAGCUAUGGGUGCCAUGAAGCUUGGGUUGACGAUAGCCAUUCGCUAUAGCCACAGCCGGAGGCAGUUUGGGCCUAAAACCAAGGAAGAGGUGAAUAGCAUUGAGCACCAAACGCAGACCCUGCGGCUGAUGCCCCAUCUGGCCACAGCCUUGGCCCUGACCUUCGUCAGCAGGUAUGCUGGGGCCCUCCUGGACCAGGAUGUCUUCCAGGGAAAGGAGCUGGUCAACAGUCGCUCGCUGCAGGCUCUGGUGGCGGGGCUGAAGGCCUACAGCACCUGGGAGAACAUCCGCUGCCUGCAGGACUGCCGCGAGUGCACUGGAGGCAUGGGUUACAUGAUGGAAAAUCGAAUCUCAGGCUUAAAGUGUGACACAGAUGUGUUUGCCACUUUUGAAGGUGACAAUGUUGUUAUGCUUCAGGUUGUGGGGUGGGAACUGCUGGCCCAAUACACCAAAGAGUAUGAAGAAAAACCACUCUUUGGCCUGCUCCAAAACUGGGCUGAAUCUGUGAGGGACAAGCUGAGAACCAGUUUCCUGGCAUUUAACAUGGACACAGUCGAUGAUCUCACCUUUCUAUUCAAAGCAGUGAAAUUUCGUGAAAGGGUUCUUCAGCAGGGUUUGGUGGCCAGAAUUUAUUAUAAGGUAAAGACCAAGAAGGAGGAUUUUCUCCAUGCCUGGAACUCAUGUCUGCACCACGUGGCUUCUCUGUCUGCUCACACUCACCGAGUUACCUUAGAGCAGUUCUCCCUGGCAGUGAAGAGCUGUCCUGACCAAGAGGACCAGACUUUGUUAAUGAAGUUUUGUCUGUUGUAUGGAACCAAGCUGGUGUUUCAGGAGCGGGCCUGGUAUUUAGAACAUAAAUACUUGACUCCCAUGGCCAGCAUGAGGAUCAGGAAUCAGUUGCUGGAUUUGUGCGACUCGGUGAAGGAUGAUGCCCUGAGGGUGAUCUCGACCUUUAACAUUCCACACACCUACCUACACGCACCAAUCGCCGGAAUCCACAACCCUCGGGCCGCGUGGGCUUUCUACCCUGCACCGCUGCAGCCGCUGCCACGGGAAAAGGCGCGCUCCCAGCGGCCCAAGCUGGGAGCCAAGCUCUAACGGGUGUGGCGGGAAGUGUGGUGGCCCGCCUGCAGCUGCCACGACGCUCGCUCUACUGACGCCCGGAGCUGUGGCCGAGGCCGGGGUCUGGCACCCGCUGGGCCGCCGCUCUCGGGGAUUUUGGUGGCAAAGCAGAGGUCCCGCCGAGGCUGGCGAGGUGCGCGGCUGGCUGCUAGGAAAGAGAUCCAGACGGUCGGUCGCCUGGUGCAGUGGAUCCCUGUGCCCUUUCCCUGAAACCCAGCCUGGCCUGACUGCAACCUCUCCCAACUUCAGUGCCCGAUCCCCUAGACAAUCAGGGUGGGCUCCCUGAUGCGAGCGCGCCCCCACAGCCGGGUGCCGCCAAAGGUCUCCUGCUGCUAGCGGUGACUCACAUUCCCAGUGAUUUAGAAAAACUGUGGUGCCGAGUGAAAGAAAAAAAAAAGCAAACACCCUUAGACAAAAGAAAAAAGCUCCACUCUUUCCGCGAGCGGGAAAAAAGGUUUGGUUCAGCAAGUGAUGCUUUUUCAGUGAAUCAGACGCUCUGGGGCUCUGCAAGGAAACGCACGGACUGGGAGGAGGAAGUGGGAGCCUAGAGUUUUGCUCUCGGCAAAACAAGAACUUGGCUUGUCCUCCCAGGCCAGCGGUUUCCGUACGGCAAGAAAAGUCGCGGAAAACAUUUUUACCAUCUGACGCUGUAAUCUGUCCUUUAGAAGAAAAUAGGUGAAAAGGUUAAUAAAGAAAUUAAGCGAUGUGGAAGUCGUUCCCGCUGCUUGUAGAGGGCGAGGAGGCGGGCCUGGGCAAUUUCGGAACUAGGAGAGACCACGUCGGCAAAGCCUGUGGUCCCGGACAAGGGCCAUGGAUUUCCCAUUUCUCAGAUCCCGGCUGCCCGACUUCAUUCUUGUUUCUUUCAGUCCAAGCCAUCCUCCCUUCUCCCUCCCUCCACGUCUCUUGGCAGAGACAGAAAGGGACACCGCUCUGCCCGCGUCCACUGCGAGGGAUGUGACCUAAAACCCACGGGCCCUUCUCACACGGCGUUCUCUGCGCUCCGGCCCAGUUCCGGGAGGACCUCCCGACGGCGCGGGAGAAGGCUGUACGGGCUCGCGGCCCCCGACGCGGCCUGGGUCUCAGGGGACGCAUGAACCCGCCACCUCUGGCCGGCUUCCUUUUAGUGCCCCAAAUAGGAGCGCUUAGCCCGUUGCUUCCCCCGACUCUUGUUUUUCAGUGUUCACAGGGUCGCGAGAGCGAGCGACGCGGGGGCGGCGAGGCUGCAAGGCUGCACAGGAACAGACGACAAGAAAUAGGGCUUUCUUCUGCGUGGUUCUUUUCCGGUCCCUGUCUGAGUCGCCCGACCCCGCGGGGAGCGCGGAACAUUGUGGCGUGCGACGGGCUUCGGGUUCUCAGCCCGCGCAGCAAGUUGCGUUGCUUUUCCCCGGGUGCGACGCGGGACGGGCGAAGAGCAAAGUUCGUCCGCGGUAGGAACUUCGAGGCCCGGUUAGGACAGAUCUCCGGCCUCCGAGUCUACUUAGCCGUGUCCACACUCGUGUCUUUUCCCUCUUGCAGCGAAAU